AUGAGCCUAUUGGGGAAGGAAUUAUCAGAUAUUAGAAGGCGGUUGCCAAAUAGAAAGAUUAGCGCACCGUCUACCUUAAGAAUAUCAAUACAAGUCGUUCGAGGUCUGCAAGAUCUACAUGAAGCUGGAUUUAUACAUCGUGAUGUGAAGCCAAGCAACUUGGCAAUGGGCCUCUACAAUACGCAGGUCGUAUACAUAUUCGACUUCGGCCUAGCUCGACAAAUUCUGCUCCCAGAUGCCGCAGGUCGGCUAAAGUUGCGUGAGCCCAGAGUAAAGGUGAUGUUUCGUGGGACUGUUCGCUAUUGUUCAUUGAAUGUCCAUCAGCACAAGGAACAAGGACGCCACGAUGACUUGUAUGGCGGAUUGUAUGCAAUGAUAGAGUGCGUAACAGGUGCUUUGCCAUGGAGAGGGAUGGUAAGGAAAGAGGCAGCCAAAGUGAAGGAGAACACUACAGAUGCGAUGCUUUGCAAAGCAUGUCCACCUUCUUUUCUUGAAUGGGCAAAGACUUUGCGAAAGUUGACCUAUCGCGACAUUCCUCCUUACAAACUUUUCAUGGAGAAAUUAAGGCAAGACUUACCACCAAAGAUCAAAAUGACAGAUCCUUAUGAAUGGAAUAAACCGGGUGAGAAGAUAAUGGAGAAAGAGGGAGAGAAUGUUAAGAGCGACCGAGCAGAAGCCGACAAGGAUAAUGCUGCUGACAAGAAUACGCUGAAUGAAGUGGAUGAAAGCGUUGUUACGGAGGAAAAAGGCUCCAGUUUGGCGAGCAUGGACACUGAUGAUUUUGCCAAAGAAGACACACUAGAAGGAAUUUGA